GGUUGGCCGUGUGGGCCGGGUUUGGUCUUUGGAGCCGGAGACGCAGAUUCGCUGUGACGGUGCGGCCGGAGCUAGUCCAGGCGGGAGUCAGUAUUUGGGGCGAGAGGUUCGCCACUGGUCCAAAGAAGACCUGAAGGAAGACGGCGUCAGUGUCCGCCGCGACUCCUGCCCAGUCCCCUCUUCGGUGUUUUCCUUCAGGAAAUGAAUCUGUCGCCGACACUCGAGAGUCCAGUGACUCGGCAGGAGAAGAUGGCGACCGUGUGGGAUGAGGCCGAGCAAGAUGGAAUUGGAGAGGAGGUGCUCAAGAUGUCCACAGAGGAGAUCAUCCAGCGCACACGGCUGCUGGACAGCGAGAUCAAGAUCAUGAAGAGCGAAGUGUUGCGCGUCACCCACGAGCUCCAAGCCAUGAAGGACAAGAUCAAGGAGAACAGCGAGAAGAUCAAAGUGAACAAGACCUUGCCGUACCUCGUCUCCAACGUCAUCGAGCUGCUGGAUGUUGAUCCUAAUGACCAAGAGGAGGACGGUGCCAAUAUCGACCUGGACUCCCAGAGGAAGGGCAAGUGUGCCGUGAUCAAAACCUCCACACGACAGACGUACUUCCUGCCUGUGAUUGGGUUGGUGGAUGCCGAAAAGUUGAAGCCAGGAGACCUGGUGGGUGUGAACAAAGACUCCUACCUGAUCCUGGAGACCCUGCCCACAGAGUACGACUCCCGGGUGAAGGCCAUGGAGGUGGACGAGAGGCCCACCGAGCAGUACAGCGACAUCGGGGGCCUGGACAAGCAGAUCCAGGAGCUGGUGGAGGCCAUCGUCCUGCCAAUGAACCACAAGGAGAAGUUUGAGAACUUGGGGAUCCAGCCUCCUAAGGGGGUGCUGAUGUACGGGCCCCCAGGUACUGGGAAGACCCUGCUGGCCCGGGCCUGUGCUGCACAGACCAAGGCCACCUUCCUGAAGCUGGCCGGCCCCCAGCUGGUGCAGAUGUUCAUCGGAGACGGUGCCAAGCUGGUCCGGGACGCCUUUGCCCUGGCCAAGGAGAAAGCGCCAUCUAUCAUCUUCAUUGACGAGCUGGAUGCCAUCGGCACCAAGCGCUUUGACAGUGAGAAGGCGGGGGACCGGGAGGUGCAGAGGACGAUGCUGGAGCUCCUGAACCAGCUGGACGGCUUCCAGCCCAACACCCAAGUGAAGGUCAUCGCAGCCACUAACAGGGUGGACAUCCUGGACCCCGCCCUGCUGCGCUCGGGCCGCCUGGACCGCAAGAUCGAGUUCCCCAUGCCCAAUGAGGAGGCCCGGGCCAGGAUCAUGCAGAUCCACUCCCGGAAGAUGAACGUCAGUCCUGACGUCAACUACGAGGAGCUGGCCCGCUGCACGGAUGACUUCAACGGGGCCCAGUGCAAGGCCGUGUGUGUGGAGGCGGGCAUGAUCGCACUGCGCAGGGGCGCCACGGAGCUCACCCACGAGGACUACAUGGAGGGCAUCCUGGAGGUGCAGGCCAAGAAGAAAGCCAACCUGCAGUACUACGCGUAGUGGCGCCCCGGCCUGCCCUGCUCCCUCGUCGGCCAGUUUGUAAUAAAGGUGGUUUUGGGUCCCUGCCA